UUGUCCAAGGACAAGAGAUGCCGGAAUAUUGUUUCAUUCAAGGUUGUCCUAAUCAUUAUCGUGGGAAGAAAACCUUGGGUGCUACUACUAAUGUAACAGAUCCCACAAAAUCACGAUUGUUUCGUGUACCAAAAAACGACAUUUCAAAGAAAAUCUGGUCUGAGAAAAUUCCUAUCAAUGGCACUGACUUAAAAAUAACUUCUAGUUUGUGUGAAUUUCACUUUAAAGAAGAAGACAUCGUAAAAGAAGAGAAAUUUAUCAUUGAUGGACAAGUAAAAUGUAUUCCACGACAAAAUUGGACAUUAAAAAAGGAUGCUUAUCCACAGAUUUUCCCAUUCACAGAUACAGUGCAGAGAAAACCACCAGCUGAAAGAAAGCCACUCAACGACACAACCAAUACUUACAAGGGACUAACCCCAUCCAGAUCAAGAACGAGUAAAGAAAAAGAGAAGAAAGAGAAAAAAGCUGAGAAAAACAGAGUGUUUUUAAGAGAUGCCUUUGAGGCAGUUUGGGUAGCAGUUGCUGAGAGAAACUUACCAUUGAUUGGGUGUAUCAGUCACCAAAAAGAAAUGAUGACAGCUGCAAUUUUCCAAUAUCUCAUUUUACGUUUCAGGUGUUUUCAAAAGCGAAAUUCAUUGAGAUCGUCGAACAAAAAAAACAGAAUCACACGCUCAGAUGAAAAAAAAACUUGCCAAAUUUGUUUGGCGUUAAAAUUAUUUCAUUUUUACGAUACAAUGUUGUGA